AGACGGGGGCAGGCAAGCACGUGCCCCGGGCUGUGUUCGUGGACCUGGAGCCGACCGUCGUGGACGAAGUGCGCACAGGCACGUACCGCUGCCUCUUCCACCCGGAGCAGCUCAUCACUGGGAAGGAAGACGCGGCCAACAACUACGCCCGCGGCCACUACACCAUCGGCAAGGAGAUCGUGGACUUGGUGCUGGACCGCAUCCGCAAACUCGCUGACCAGUGCACGGGCCUCCAGGGAUUCCUCAUCUUCCAUUCCUUCGGCGGAGGCACCGGCUCCGGGUUUGCUUCUUUGCUCAUGGAGCGAUUGUCCGUAGACUACGGCAAGAAGAGCAAGCUCGAAUUUGCUAUUUAUCCAGCGCCUCAGAUAUCCACUUCUGUUGUUGAGCCGUAUAAUGCAGUUCUUACUACGCACACGACUUUGGAACACUCAGACUGCGCCUUCAUGGUAGACAACGAGGCCAUCUACGACAUCUGUCGUCGUAAUCUGGACAUUGAACGCCCCACGUAUACCAACCUGAAUCGCUUAAUUGCCCAAAUUGUCUCCUCCAUUACUGCCUCGCUCCGUUUUGAUGGCGCUCUCAAUGUAGACCUGACUGAGUUCCAAACCAAUUUGGUGCCGUACCCUCGUAUUCAUUUCCCAUUAGUAACGUAUGCUCCCGUGAUAUCCGCCGAGAAAGCUUACCACGAGCAGCUGUCAGUUGCGGAAAUCACCAACGCCUGCUUCGAGCCUGCCAACCAGAUGGUGAAAUGUGAUCCCCGCCACGGCAAAUACAUGGCCUGCUGCAUGCUGUACCGCGGCGAUGUGGUCCCGAAGGACGUGAACGCCUCCAUCGCCACCAUCAAGACGAAGCGCACCAUCCAGUUCGUGGAC